AUGACUAAAGUACGGUUUGAUCAGGUUAAAGUAGAGUGGAAUCCUCUCCCUCAGCAAUUUGCCAAUGGGCGUCUCCUUGGAUACACAGUUUACUUUUACGAAUAUUAUAAUUGGUACAAGUUGACAAAAUCGGUCAGCACCAGUGGUCCGUUUGUUAACAUGGUGAUAUUAAGAGGUCUCAAGGCAGCAACUCGCUAUCAAAUAGCUGUAGCAGCCUUUACGUCUAAAGGCGCUGGAACCCAGUCGUAUUGGCAGCACAUAACCACAGGUGAUAUUUUAUGUCAUAAUGCUGUUAAGUUUUAGUUAUUUAUAAAAUGCUGAUUUGCGUUAAUCCCCCUUGCACAGAGUCUUUCUCUCAUACUCAACCUCACAUACUAACUGUAGAAAAAUGUUUACAAAGAUAGAGCGAUGGAUUCAGAACAAACUUCUAUGCAUUUGCGAGAUGCGACAUCUACAAAACGGCCAAUAGAACUGUCACGUAGGGUAAAAAAAGGUGACCUCAAGUUAUUUCAGGAGACUUUUCCUUCUGAACAGUCAUUCUGUGAUAAAAAUCAGCGAUAAAAGGCGACGACGUUUCGACCUCGUUUCGACCUGCAAUCGGAAACCACCUGAGGGAUCAGUACAACAUGUCCCCAAAUGAAUUUGCGCGAAAAUUUAGAAUUUAAAGAAAGUGCCGCAACAAACUUGAUUGCCUUGAAAUGCAAUUUAUCAAAGAACUGAAACCAACUCUGAACAGAGUGAUUCCAUCCGCGCUUAAUUAUUUGUUUAGAUCGAUUUUAAUUAGCCUUAUUAUUAUUUAUUUAUUUAUUUCCAUGUUUUAAAAACAAUUUAUCACCUAUCCUUUACACAUUUUAUAGCUUCUUAUCGUUCAUUGUAUUUUUACAUUUUAAACUAUUUUAAAACCGUUGUAAUAUAUUUAUGAAACUGGCACUCGCACUCGCAAAUCGAAACAUUGUGGCUUUUUAUCACUGAUUUUUAUCAAAAAUGUUUGUUUGAAAAAAAAAGUGUUAUUUAAAUGUUUAUGAGUUCCUCGGGCGAUAAAUUCAAGAUUUUGCAGCAAAACUCAGUGACAUACGUUUCUGUUCGUUUCCGGCCGCCGUCUUAGACCAGCAUGGCGUCUCCAUACAAAAUACUAAUUCUAUAAAUAUGGGUAAAACAGUUAUCCGAAUAUCUCGCAUAUGAAAAAAUGUGCCGACCUGAAUCUUGGCGAGGAUCUUAGUUAUCUCCUUUCAUUUCCCUGUUUCUGGACCAUAUCUAUUGAACGAUUCCUUCAUUUUUGAUGGCCUGAUAUUAAAAACCAGCAAUAACAUGGGACAUUGCCCGUUUGUUUGCAGGUUGUGGAGGCAACUUAAAUGAAUUGUUUGGGACCUUUCAAGUCGGCCGAAGAUCGUACUAUUCUUCUACUCUGAAAUGCAAUUGGAAAAUUGGAAAUGCAGGGAUCAGCCAAGUUGUUGCACUUGUAUCAUUACGGGAACUGUCUCUGUCUUACCGCUCUUAUUCCUGGUUUGGUUAUAACCGGUGA